AUGACUGACCGGCGAGUGGUAAUGCACCGUGUAUUUCCCGUCAAGGUCGUUCUGAGUAUCAAGUCCCCCGACAUAAUACUCUUUGCAGUUGCGCAGCCGGAUCAGAUUGCCCAAUUUAGUGACAAACGUUUCGUACUGUCGCGAUCCAAACUGAUUACCCAGGAUCUCACGUUCUGUGGUCUGGCCUGGACCAAUAUACACCACGCCGACCUUUUCCAGGUUCACAACGGGCAUUCUGUCCAUGACUGCAAUGGACCGACGUGUUUGGUCGUCCAUCUGCAACGGCACCGCCUUUGUGUUUCCGAGAUUGAAGAGCUGCGACUCCAAAAAUCGGGGGCCCAGCGCUGGACUCGAUUUGCGGUUGGACAGCUUGACCUCGAACCGGUCGGUCGACGUGGGUCUGCGCACCACAACAACGGAUUUAUCUGUUUUCUCGUGCGAACAGAUGGUGAGAAUGGCGUUUUGCGUGAUCCAGCUCUCUGUCUGAUAGUCUUUCUCCGUGCCCAGAGCUGGCUCCACCAUGAACGUUGGGUUCAAGUUCGACUCGCUGUACGAAAGCCUGUUGAUGGCUUCAUAGUACACUUGGUUCUUUGUGUUGUCGAGUCCAAGCAUUGUCAAGUGUUUGGUGAUGAACUCGACCAUCUGGUUUCUGUGAUCCACGGACAGUUUCAGAAACCAGCCGCAAAUGGCACGAUACGACAUCGUGGUGAGGAACAACAGAAGCUGCUGGCUGACCUCAAACGAUUGAGUCGAGGGCAGUUUGUCCAGAGCCGAGUCGGCGAAAUUGACAUCGUACUCUUUCUUCUGUUGGAACGUAUCUUGCGAAUACUCGAUGUAUUUGAACGCAAUGGCAAAGAUACGCUUGUAUUCCUCGAUGGUGAGAUUGGAAAGUAG